AUGUUUCAGCCCGGGGGGUCGAAGAGCGGAGGCUUGCCCCUGCAGCUCAAGUCCUCGAGCUGCCAUAACCUGGGUAGCAGUGAAUACUAUUUGUUUUCAUGGACAAGUGGCUACGAUGGCAUUCUCCUGGUUCUGAUCGCCCUGGUCACGCUCGGGUCCCCGCGAGAAGAGGCUUGGCGAGUCGACAAGAUAGGGCUGGUACUGGCGGAAUACUUCAGGAAUAGUAGCCUUCCACAUGUACCAUUGCCGGAUUCAAUCCUGCAAUGCAGCGGAAGCAAUAUCGUGGAAGAGCAUUCCCACCCACAACUUGUUUCGGUGUUCGAAUCAGUAGGGUAUCGGUUCUGGGCCGGCAAAGUCAUCUGUGGCGCAUCCAGGAGAAGGCAACGCAUAUGCAGGCGAAUGGUAGGUACUUGGCGAACCUGUGGAGGUGUGGCGGCUGCAUGGGCCGACUCGCCUACGAAAAAGCAGAUUUUGACAUCCUGGUGGUCUCGCUGCUGGACGGCUCAGAUCGUCUUAUGGGAAUCUUCCUGUUCGACAGCUCUGUACUGGCACAACGGAGGAUAA